AUGUAAUGCCCUAAAAUAGUUUAGAGUGAGACCAAAACUUAUUCAGAUUGUGAAUUUCUAUUAUUAAACCUAAGUUUAUAUUGGUAUUUUAUUUUGUGUCAAGUGUUAUUAUAGUUUGAGUCUGAUGCACUUCAUUAAAACAAUUAACCUUUUUUAGGUGCGUAUUAGUUAUACAGCUUUAGGAUGAAUCACACUUUAAAAUGCCAAUAAUUGUCUUUCAUAAUAACCAGUUUAUUGAGCAUCCCAACCACCCAAUCCUGGCCUUCCUUAUGUAAAGUAUUAUGGUCUAGAAGAUCAUAAUAAAUUACUCAAUUUGAUAUUUUGAAUUUUUUGAUUCUGAGAAAACGAAAUAUUAGGUACUAUUGAAAAUUGAUAAAAGAAUUUAGAAGAGGUAGAAAGACAAAAUGAAGACAUAGAUUUAGAAUUAGAAUAUUGAUAUUGACUGGAGCUUAAAUUGAAUUAAGAAAUCAAUCAUGCCUAAUUUUUAAUCUAAUUAAAAAGUGUUUAUAAAUUUGAAGAAAAGGAGAUAAUUA